AUGAAGCACAAUCAGAUUUGUUGCCAGACUCCUACAACAGUUACAGUUCAUAUAAAAACUGCAUCCCGAUCUCACCAGCCAAAAAAAGUUAUUCUAAAACGUCACAAUUUUAAAGAAAAUAAGUUUGUUUCGGGAAAAAAUGUAAAUAAUAAGGACAUACAAAAACCAAUACAAGGUCCAUGUCUAAUAAUUCAACGACAAGAAAUGACAACUUUUUUUAAGCUUUUUGAUGAUGACUUAAUCCAAGAUUUCUUGUGGAUGGAUUGUUGUUGUAAAAUAGCAGACAAGUACCUUUUGGCAAUGACGUUUGUAUAUUUCAAGAGAGCUGCAUUUAAUUUAAACGAACAUACCAGAAUUCAUUUCUUUGCUGCUUUGUAUUUAGCCAACACAGUGGAAGAGGAUGAGGAAGAGUCAAAAUAUGAAAUUUUUCCAUGGGCUUUGGGGAAGAAUUGGAGGAAACUAUUCGCAAGCUUUCUCAAAUUGAGGGAUCAGUUGUGGGCUAGAAUUGACUAUCGAGCAGCAGUAAGCAGACGUUGCUGUGAAGAGUAAGUAAUGGCAAUUGCACCAGCUCAUUAUAUCUGGCAGAGAGAGAGAUCAGUACAUCAUAGUGGUGCAGUUAGAAAUUACAUCAAGGAAGAUUCUAAUCUGCCCCGUGGCCCAUCUGCUACACCACUUGAUUGCGUUCUUUGUGGUAAGAAAGGAAGAUUUAUAGAGCUAGGCUUAUCCAGCUCAUCAUCCUCAUCUUCCAGCAAUACACUGCGGAUGAAAGAACAGAUAGUGCCUCAAAGAUCUCCAUUUUCACCUGAAGAUAAAAUGAUAAUUGAUCAUCCACAGUCUUGUUCCUAUUUCCAAGAGUGA